AUGAACCUCUCGCGUAUGGUCUCCUCCAAAGCUUACGCUAACGGGAAGAGUAACUGUGAAGAAGAUUCCAAGUCAGUCCAAAACAUGAAUAUCUCGUCCUCCGACUGGAAACUUCACCUCCGGCUGAGCACACUGCCGGAGAUGGAUUCCUGCUAUAUAGGUAACUUACUCGAAACAGGAGUGAUCCCAGACCGGUUCGACGCCGCGCAUGGAACCUUAAUACCUUCGUAUCGAAAUCUCACUGGACGUGCGAGACGGCAGCUAAUGGUAAACGUGUGGAAGAACGGGGUGGUCGGGAGGUGUCCCGAAAGUGGCGACAGAGCCGACCGGAGUAAAGAGCUGGGCUGGGCUGGAAAGGUGGGAUGCGAAGCCGAUAGGUUCGGGGGAAUGGCUGGCACUGGCUGUGAUGAUGAGACAGAAGAUUGGUUGGUUUUUGGGCCCUGGGGUUUCAUCUCAGAGUGA